GCUGCGGCCAGGACCGGCAGACAUGGCGAGGGCGGCGAUCCUGUUGGCGGCCUCAGCGGCCGCCGCGCUGCUCCUGGUGAGGGCGGCGCCAUCCGGCAGCGGCAGCGUCGACACCGGCCGCGUAGCACACCCUGCCAGCUACUCAUUCGAGACGUACGAGACGAAGAUGGUGCCCGCUGAGAGCGCCCCGCGGCGCAAGCUGAUGCGGAGGCCGGCAGCCAUGGUAGCGGCUGCAGCGCGCCACGAGCAAGCUGCCGAAGAGGUGGCGGCGGUCGCGGAGUCCAAGGUGUCUGAGGACCUCGCGCCCUCCGCAUCGCACCACGGUGGCGGCGGCGGUGGGGGAGGAGGUCACGGUGGUGGCCACGGAGGCGGUCACGGAGGCGGCGGUGGAGGCCACGGAGGUGGAGGCGGCGGUCACGGAGGAGGAGGCGGAGGUCACGGAGGUGGCGGUGGCGGUCACGGAGGUGGAGGCGGUGGAGACCACGGCGGUCACUGGGAGAAGGGCGGAGGCAAGAAGCACCACUCUGACCACCACGAGAGCGCCGGCCACAAGGGCGACAAGGGCUACAAGGGCCACCACUCGUACGAGAAGGGUGCCAAGGGCGAGCACGACAAGGAAGGCCACAAGGGCCACUACGCCGACCACGGCGGCAAGAAGAAGAGCCACCACGAGGACGGCGGACACUACGGCGAGCACCACCACGGCGAGAAGGGCGAGAAGGGAGCCAAGUACGGCGAGGGUGGCAAGCACUCCAAGGGCCACAGCACCAAGGGCGGACACUCGGUGCACAAGAAGGACGAGUACGAGAAGAAGCACGAGUUCUACGACGAGCACCACGAGGGUGGCGAGCACGAGAAGGGCGGCGAGUUCCACGCCCACCACGAGGCCAAGGGCGGCGGCCACAAGAAGGGCGGCCACCACCACGGCGAGCACCACGAGGCGCACCACGGCAAGAAGGGCCACCACGAAAAGGGAGGCCACCACGACGACCACAAGGGCCACAAGUCCGCCGGCGGCCACGAGGAGCACCACGAGCACAAGGACGACUACGGCAAGAAGGGCGGGCACGACGAGGGCAAGCACUGGGGCUACAGCUCCGGAGACGGCGGCGGCGGCGGCGGCGGCGGUGGAGGCCACGGCGGCGGCGGUGGAGGAGGGGGUCACGGAGGUGGACACGGAGGCGGCGGUGGAGGCCACGGAGGCGGUGGUGGUGGUCACGGCGGCGGUGGCCACGGAGGUGGAGGCGGCGGAGGUCAUCACCGAUAGGAACGCGUCCUGCAGCGCAGCACCGAAGGUUCUUUUUGAAGCCUUCACGCCUGUGAUGCCGCCGUACUGUGGCCUAUCGACUACGACUUGUGCGAUUACG